CAUCUUGGUGCUGUACCGUCUGACGAGGAUCUACGCAGCAGAUAUUCAAAAAUUUCUAAUCUUACUGAGAGUCAAGUGGAGGAGCUGAGAAAGGAAAAUAGAGACAGAGAGAUAGCAUUUUCAGCUUCACUGAUGGAGUCUGGCAGUGGACAUAUCGGUCCUUUCAGCACUGACAUCACACUAACCUACAGGAACGUCUUCACAAACAUAGGGAACGCCUACAACCCAAUUACAGGUAUUUUCACAGCUCCACUGAAAGGAGCGUACAAGUUCAACUUCUCUGUCUAUGGUGGUGGUCAUCCCUCAACUGCAUCAGCUGUCUCCAUUGUGAAGAACGGAGAGAAGGUGGUUAUGGCACAUGGUCAUCAGGAUCAGUACACUGUAAACUCCUCAAAUGGAGUUGUGUUGAUUCUGGAGGUUGGAGAUGUCGUCUAUGUGAGACUUUGGUCUGGAGAAAGGAUAUAUGAUAACCAGAAUAACCACAUCACUUUCAGUGGUUACCUACUGUUUCCCUUAAAAUAACAGGAGCUUAGCAGAGUGUGAUUCCAGUAAAACUGAACCUUUAGCGUAUGAUUUAACAUCAUGAAGAAUCAUUAACAUAUGAACCUGUAUUAAUGAUAGAUUACUGUAUGUAAGUCAGUAUAAUAUGCUAUACUCAUAUGUCUAGAGC